CUGUCAUUAUCUGUGUGCUAUUCACCGCACCACCGACGAAAGUAAACACGUGUUUCGUGGUCUACAAGCGUCUUUUUAAUUCAAAACCAAUACAAGUGUGGUAUCACGUGUUGAUUUUCCAUUCCAUUUGCCAAAAACAGUUUUCGAAAUGACGGAAAAAGAAGUCGCCACAGAAAGCAAGAAUGGAGAGGAGAACGAGGCAGCCAACAACGUGGAAGAGGAGACUGCAUUGGAGAGCUCCAUCAUCAGACAAGUCGAGUAUUACUUCGGUGACGCCAACCUCCCCCGAGACAAGUUCCUCCGCGAGCAGGUGAAGCUGGACGACGGGUGGGUGCCCCUCGACGUGCUGACUCGGUUCAACCGCCUCGCCAAGCUCACCACUGACCUGGAGGUCAUUGCUAAUGCUUUGAACAAAGCUACGUCGGGAUUGCUUGAGGUAUCAGAAGACAACAAGAAGGUGCGUCGUAACCCGGAGUUGCUGGUGCCCGAGAUGACGGAGGAGAGACGGAAGGAACUCAUGACACGCACCGUCUAUGUCAAGGGUUUCCCCAAAGACGCCACCCUCGACGAGAUGCUCUCGUACUUCAAGACCCAUGGAGACGUGGAAAACGUGGUGAUGAGGAGGUACCUGGACCGCGCCAGCAAGGAGAGGAAGUUCAAGGGAUCCGUGUUCGCCACAUUCAAGGUGGUUGAGGAGGCACAAAAGUUCCUGACCCUCAAAGACCUCAAGUACAAGGAGACCGAGCUGAUCCUGCGCCCCCAAGACGAGUACCUGCAGGAGAAGCAGCAGGAGUACCUGGCGAGGAAGGAGAAGAAGGACAAGAAGGGGAAAGACGGAGAGUCUAAACAAGAAGACAAGCACGAGAUCAAGCUCCCGACAGGGACCGUGCUCAAGUUCUCCGAGUGCCACGACAAGACUACCAGAGAGGAUGUCAAGUCGGCGCUGGAGCCGCUGGGCGCAGAAGUGGCAUACAUCGACUUCAAAGUUGGCGACAAAGAUGGAUGGGUGCGACUGACCAAAGAGGACUCUGCUAAGGAGCUCCACUCAAAACUAACAGACGGCAAGCUCAAGAUCGGGGACUCCGAGGUGCUGUUCACCGUGCUCGAGGGGGACGAGGAGACGGAGUACCUGCAGCGCACCGUGGACGAGAUGAGCAAGCGGAGGAAGAACCAGCGGAACAACAAGUACCAGAAUAGGGGGGGCAAGGGGAACUACAGAGGUAAAGGCAACUACCAAAACCGUAAACGCAAGCAGGAUGGGCACGACGACGCGCCCGCCAGCAAGGUGAAGGCGGACUAGACUACGUUAUGUUUAAUAUAUUAUUGUUAAGGUUA